AAUAAAAUUUCUCGAAAUAUGAAGUGGGUUUUGGUUGAAAAAAGAAAAGAAGAGAGAGAGAGAGAGACGUAUAUAAGUAGAUCAAAAGUGAGGUGGUUUUUGAUCUAUUCUCUUCGGUAGCUCAUCAGAAAAGUGACAAAGACCAUGCACAGAUUACAAGCCUUUAGGGAAAUGAGAGCCAGAGUUCCCCAAAAGGCCUUCAAUUGGUUAGCCUCAUUCAAUUCAUCAAGAUGCAUUCAUUCGUUACCUUUUGCGACUGUAAAUGUUGAAGAAAUUUCAGGUUCCCAACCUGCUGAAGUACACAACUUGGUGCAGGGCAAAUGGACAGGAUCCUCUAAAUGGAACACGAUUCUGGAUCCUUUAAAUGGCGAGUCUUUCAUCAAAGUUGCUGAAAUAGAUGAAAAAGGAAUCCAGCCAUUUGUGGAGAGCCUGUCCAAGUGCCCCAAACAUGGUUUGCACAAUCCAUUCAAAGAGCCAGAGAGGUAUCUUAUGCUUGGGGACGUAUCUGUAAAGGCAGCUCAUAUGCUUUCCCAACCAAAGGUGUCCGACUUCUUCACUAGGCUAAUACAGAGGGUGUCUCCAAAGAGUUACCAGCAGGCUCUUGGUGAAGUUUUCGUCACCAGAAAAUUUCUGGAAAAUUUCUGUGGUGAUCAGGUCCGUUUCUUGGCUAGGUCAUUUGCAGUACCUGGGAACCAUCUUGGGCAACAAAGUCAUGGUUUUCGUUGGCCUUAUGGCCCUGUGACAAUAAUUACUCCUUUCAAUUUUCCGUUAGAGAUUCCACUGCUUCAAUUGAUGGGUGCUCUAUACAUGGGCAAUAAGCCUGUUCUUAAAGUUGAUAGUAAGGUAUCCAUUGUCAUGGAACAAAUGCUUCGGUUGCUCCAUGAUUGUGGGUUACCCGUGGAGGAUGUUGACUUCAUCAAUGCUGAUGGCAAGACAAUGAACAAGCUUUUGUUGGAGGCAAAUCCACGCAUGACUCUCUUUACUGGAAGCUCAAGAGUGGCAGACAAGUUGGCUGUGGACUUAAAAGGGCGCAUCAAAAUGGAAGAUGCCGGAUUUGACUGGAAGAUCCUUGGACCUGAUGUCAAGGAGGUGGAUUACAUUGCAUGGGUAUGCGAUCAAGAUGCAUAUGCAUGUAGUGGUCAAAAGUGCUCAGCGCAAUCGAUGUUGUUUAUGCAUGAGAACUGGUCUAAGAGUUCACUCUUACGUCAAAUGAAUGAUCUUGCGGCAAGGAGGAAAUUAGAAGAUUUAACUAUUGGCCCUGUUCUUACAGUUACAACAGAAGCAAUGUUAGAACACAUGAAUAAGUUGCUUCAGAUACCGGGAUCAAAGCUACUCUUUGGAGGCAAAGCUUUAGAAAACCAUUCUAUUCCUCCAAUAUAUGGUGCCAUAAAACCAACUGCUGUCUUUGUUCCACUGGAAGAAAUACUGAAGGACAGCAAUUAUGAGCUUGUAACAAGAGAACUAUUUGGACCUUUCCAGGUUGUUACGGAAUACAAGGAUAAUCAGCUUCCAAUGGUAUUGGAUGCCCUUGAAAGGAUGCAUGCACAUUUAACAGCUGCCGUGGUGUCGAACGAUCAGUUGUUUCUGCAGGAAGUUAUUGGAAAAUCGGUAAAUGGAACUACUUAUGCUGGACUAAGAGCAAGAACGACUGGCGCUCCACAAAAUCAUUGGUUUGGGCCAGCUGGAGAUCCAAGGGGAGCAGGAAUAGGAACUCCUGAAGCAAUAAAGCUCGUUUGGUCGUGCCAUAGGGAAAUCAUAUAUGAUUUUGGCCCCCUGCCUCAAAAAUGGGAAACUCCUGCCUCUACCUAGGUACUAAAUAGUCUCAGUGAUGGGGGCAAAAACGGACAUCAACAAGAGUGCAAAAGUGGCUGGUGAAUAAAUCUAUAGUAUGACAAUGAACUAUGAGAGCUAAAUUCUUCCUUCUUAGAAAGAUAGUAGAAAGAGAUCGCAUGGUUAAUAAGCCUGCAGCACAACAAUCGAGGAUGAGAGCUAAAUUCUUCAAUCUUAAAAAACCAGUAGAAGAGAAAUUUUGGUCGGGAUUUCUAUGCGCCCAAGGUUUUAUUUUGACAUUAGUUUCAGCCUUUUUCUUUUUUAGUUCUAUUUUUUUCUGGAAGCCAAAUCUUCCUGUUCCCAUCUAUAGUUGUAAUUUGUAUUUUGGAUUAUUCCUGCACGUCUUUGCAAUGCAUACCCUUGUUCGAGAGUCA